GGCCUAUGCUCCAUUGGGAGUAAUAGGCGAAAACAAGCUAGCAAGCAAAGGAAAUAACUGUUAAUUAGAGAACACAUUUUAUAAAACUGUAAGGAUUUUCAUGUAUAGGUUAUCCGAACUGAAAUACAAUCAUGAUAAUUUUGUUAUUUCUGAUUUUAGGAAUCCUUGAUGUUAUAUUCUCUAUGGACUUUAGGAGUCCCAAAAAUGUUCUUUGGCAGUCUUUGUCUAAUCUGUCACGAUGACCUGUGAAUGAAUGCCAUUUGUUUUUGAUCAUCGUUAUUACUUGGCACUUACUAUUUUGUACUGCACUCUAUACCUUUGUGACGUGAAUAUGUUCUGAAGUAUUUCUGUUUUAUGAUUGAUAGAUUAUUUUUAUUGAUCGAGAUAAAUCGAAAUACUGAUAUAAAUCAGCUUGACUAUUACCGAACUUUCCAGUCGACUUCACUAAGAAACGAUGUAAAAUUUUAUUUUUGCUGUCGAAAUUUCAAACAUUUUCCAAUAUAGUUAUUUUCAUGUUUGCUUGUCUAAUCACUACCUAAUCUUGUUAUUGACUACAACUUACCCUCGGCUUUUUUGAGAAUGAUGGCGAACUUCUGAUCGAUGAAGUGGCUACUUUUGGAAACGUUCAGGAAGUAGUGUUCCAUAUUUUUGGAUUGAAGCGAUCAUUCCGAUCUUUAAAAAGCAAAUGCAUCAUCUAUGCAACAACUGCUGAGGGAUAAGUCUACUUCCGAUUUUAUCCCAAUUAUUGACUUCCGACAUGCCUUACAGAUCAUCCCAAACCCGCGAAGGAUUGACCUGUGAAGAGAGACUGGUUUUUGUUCUGGUUGAUGUAUUGGUCAUACCCUCAUGCUCUACAGAUGUUAGAGCACCGCCAUACUAAUUGCAAGCCAAUAAUCGUUAUGUUUCUUGAUAUCAGGUCCGUCUUCAAUUCUUUGGAGGGCCAUUCUUUGAAGAAAUAUGCUUUUGAGAAAUUCACCAACAUACUCAAAGGCUAUGUCCACAAAUACCACAAACAGGAUGAGGACAUAAAGUCUGAAGGAAGGCUUUUAGGUCUUGAGUAUAUGGAUAAGACUGUCUUAUUGUGCAAUGAUACUCAAGCCAUGUGAGUCGCACUUAACAAGUUGGCAAUCAGUAUCCGCAGGCGUGGGAUGUACUUCGCAACUACCAUAUGCAAAGUAUUUCUACAAGAUGGGCAGGAGCCCGUCCCUGCACACUUGGUAGUGAGCCGUUCAAGUUAGCCGAAAGUUUUUGUAUCUAGUCAGUUGUGUGAGUACUGAUGAUGGUGUGAUUGAUGAAAAUAAUCUACUUAUACUAAAGGCCAGAGCGGCUUAUACCGAUCUCGGCCAUCUUGGAUGCCAUUAUGAUGCAUCUGGUUGUUAAAGGUCGGGUUUAUAAUGAGUCGGUAAGAGCAGUUUUGUCCUAAACUUGUGAAUGCUGAUCUGUUCUAGGUGAUGACAUCGGGCAACUCUCUGUGUCUGAUCAUCGUUGUCUCCGGAGGGUUGCAGACAUCUGAUAGAAAAGUUAUGCUAAUAAUGCGGAUAUUUGGCAAUGUUUGUUCGUGGUCGGUGGUAAAAUUUCAGCUAAUGGUACCAUCUUGAAAUACCAUCUUCAGCGUCAUAAAUGUCAUCCCAGUAAAUUCUACCGAUGCUAGGAUGGAACGGAUAAACAGUGAGGUGGUCAGUUUAUGACAUUGCUGUGGCAUGGUUGAAAAGUGUUUAAGGUAGACAUCUGUCGGUCCAUGAUAACUAUGUUUGGGUUCCGAGAGAUGGAGCAACUCAGUUGCUUGAGACUACCAGAGAUGACUUUCAAUAGAAGCCAAUGAUUAUCCUACUGUAGUUUUCUUUUAGAUUCUUAAAUGAACGAGGGGGACUUCCCUAAAUAGAAGGAUCCUUCUGUCUGUACUUUUAACUGGAUUGUUUCGUAUUAUAUACUAAACUAUUCACCCAUUUUUGUCCAUUUAUCUGUUUUUACAGCUGAUUUACCUAGAAGUUUAAAAUUCUUACUGUUUCAUUCAAUAAUCAUAAAAUCUAAUUUAAUAUGAUUGUUUUUAAACAACAUCGUUAGUUUCAUGUACUUUCUUCAAUCAGUUUCUAUGUUAUUUCUCUGUAGGUGAUUAUGGAUGACGAAGAUUCAACUUUCAUUCGUAUGUUGGCUAUUGUACCAGCUCAUAGAUCGCCCCAGGAGAAUGCCCUCAUAUUUGGUUAUCUUCGUACAAUUGAAGGGUUGAAUCUUUCUGGCCCAUCAUCAACAUAUCGAGAUAAUGAAUUACGCGCAAUCAGUCGUUACGCCCGUUAUCGUCGUGUUCCAGGCGAUAUGUUGUUGUAUCACGCUGGUGAAUGGUGUGACUGUUGGUUUAUUUUGAUAAGCGGAUCAGUAUUGAUUGAAAGUUCUAUGUUCCUGCCUCGAUCAUAUUUUGGGACCCGUACAAAUGGAAAUUUUUAUCGCCGUAAUGACUGUCUUGUCCUCGAACCAUCUGAUCUUGUUGUGAUCGAUUAUUUGGACAAUCAUAGUCUACCCAUAUCGUUUACUGAUACGCAUCGUCUGGCAGUGGGUCCGUACAAGCAUAGACAUUCUUUAGAUCGUACACCGGUCUCAUUCAAUAAUAAUGAUAAUAAUACUUCACGUGAAAUUUUAUCAAAUGAUCGUUAUUCAGAAUCGUCUCAUAGUAUCAGCUCGUCAUUAAAAAUCUCAUCUUUGCUAAAUUCUGACCAAAGUAAGGACCAUAGACAAGCUAUCAGAAGUACACAGAAGGCUGAUGCUAUUAAUUCAUUGAAAUCAUUAUAUUUAAGUGACACAUCAUCUACUCACUCUUUUAGUUCUGGAGGCGUUCAAAAUGAUUCAAGUCAUGCACGUUCAUCUCAUUCGUGCGUUUUAAAAUCGCCAGAAAAACUUAACAAAAAGAUAGGUUAUAACUAUCCUAAAUGGUAUAAGACUGGAUCAGACAACAGUCAUUGUAUAGAUUCUGAAGGUGAUAAUGAUGAUAAUAAUAAUAAUGUUGACGAUGAUGAUGAUGAUGAUGAGGAGGAGGAGGAGGAGGUGGAGGAUGAAGAACUUGAAUCAAGUAGUCAUGAGUCUAUUCGUGAUGCAUUUUGGGAAUCUAUUCUUAAACUCCCAACAGAUCGUACACAAGAAGAUGUUGAUUUAUUGUUGGAAAAUGUUGAACAAUUGCCUGCUUUCUCUAAUCUCACUAGAGCUACAUGUCGUUCCCUAUGCUCAGUCAUGGUGCUAGCCAUUAUUCGUGAAGCUGGUCAAAUCGUAUUAAAUGAUAAUGAAGUAUUGGACACUUGGUCUGUUGUACUGAAUGGAACUGUCGAGAUUAUUGAACCAGACGACACAAUUCGGGAAUUAACUCGUGGUGAUGCAUUCGGUGUUCGUCUUGGUAAAACAGAUUGUAUUCAUCAUGGUGUAAUGCGUACAGUCACUGAAGACUGUCACUUUUUAUGUGUACCACAAACCGAUUAUGUGAAGAUUAUGAGUCGUGAAGGAGAAGCUGAAAUACCAGAGAUGGGUGAAGGUGGACGUGUUGUCCUUGUCUAUGAAUCAAUCAAUUUAGACACAACUCUUAACAUCGAUUCGAAUAAAACACCUAAUGACAAUAAUUCUGUGUUGUUGAAAAAAUGUCGAUUAGUCACAAAGGGCACACCGGAAAAAUUAAUUGAACAUUUAAUUGCUGAUCUGUCCAAUGGAGAUAUAACGUAUCCAGAAGAUUUUCUACUUACAUACCGUACAUUUUUAAAUUCACCCCGACCAAUAGUUGAUCGUUUAUUAUCAUGGCAUUUGCAUAAUCCAAAGUUACGUUCACGUGUUAAUCGUAUAAUUUUAUUAUGGGUUCACAAUCAUUUUAAUGAUUUUGAGGAUAAUCAUGAGAUGAUGAAGUGUAUUGAAAAAUUUGAUAAUAUGCUAUGCACAGCUGGUGAGCGUCGUUUGUUUCGUUUAGCCUGCAGUACCAAAGCUCGUCCACGUCAAGUCGAACUUAUAAUUCCAUUGAAAAGUUCAUGUCAUUUACAUCCAGAUAAUAAAUCGUUCGGAGUCGAUGAUGGUACUGGAUUUUUGUCAUCGAAUGGACAACACUUGAACAAUAAUUAUGAUACAAUAAAUUCUCUCAUUGAUCUACCGUUCACAAUGAUUGGUGGUGAUGAUGGUUUCGGUGUGUUUAUACAUCAAGUAUACACUUUAGUUCCAAACAAUAAUUCUGAAACAAGCUAUGAUGAACACACAAACCAAAAAUAUCUCACUAAUCCAUCUUCAUUAUCGUUAUCAUCACCAUGCGAUUCAAGCUAUCCACCAUCAUCAACAACCCAUGUACUUCCUAAUUUUUCAUUUGUACAUGAUCAAAUACGUCGGGCUGACCAAUUAUUAUCAGUGAAUGGUCGUUCAGUGGAACAUUUAAAACCAUCUGAUGUAAUACAAUUAAUUCAUUCAAUGAUAAACGCAUGUUGUCCAAUGAAUAUUAAGACUAGAUCAAAUACUAAACUCGUAUCUGGUACCAGUGGAUCAUUGUCUCCUUCGACUGCACAUUAUUCAACUGGUAUUGACAAUGAAACUAUGAUGGAUCAUUCCAAAUCAUCUACAUUAUCGUCAGUCAUCAGUGUUACUUUCAACCUCCGUUUAUUAGUUAUUUUCAAUCCAGUUCAGUAUUAUCAAGCUAUUGACUCUUUAAAUACGACACAUACUGCUCAAACUUCGAUGACGCCGAUCAAUAAAACAACAAAUGUUUAUCAAAUUGUUGACGAUCUAAAAACCCACGUGAAAAAAUCUACACCGUCAUCAAACAUCACAUUGAAUAAUCACGAUGGUAAUAAUGAGAUUUGUCGACCAAAAAUGCAUAGUUUACCAACUAGUAUAAGCAUACCUGAUGAUCUUGUUAAGAAAUCAAAUGAUCCUCAUCAACAGUCUUCUUCAACUGUACUACUACCGAAAAUGCCAACACCAUGCUCCUUUUCUACGGCCAGCGCUCUCUCUACUUAUCCAGGCAACAAUUCAAUUGGAAGAUGUCGAAAAUUUCAGCCUUCACAUGUUACAUCGGGUCGUCCUUCUCACAGUGCAAAUACAUCACCGACUCGAUUAUCACAUUCUCAUGAAGGUAGUCAAGUGUUUUAUACGACAUCAAUGACUGUUAGAAAUAAACAGUCAUUCAUUUCCCAAUCACGUUGGUCACAUUCACUUAAAGAUCAUACCACCACGGAUAAUCAAAGUAAUAAUAGUAAUGAUUCAAGGCGACCUUACGAACUACAUCCAUCCAAUGACACAUUCAGCAGUAGUGCAAAAACUGCUAAUCAUAAUUAUUUCCCACAAACACCACCACUGCAAAGAUCUUCAUCACAGCCUGAUUUAAUAAUGCUGGACAAAUCAUUAAUAUCUGGUAGUAAUGUUGCUGCUACAAUCAGUGACUAUACUGCCGUUCUUCACCAACAUCAGGAUAAUUUGACUAAUACCUUCAAUUAUUCAGGCUUAAAUUCUGGUAAUAAUAAUAUUACACACACGGAUCAUUUGUCAGUGAUACGUGUAUGGCGAUCAAGUGAUAAUGGAAAAGAUCAUUCUAGUAAGCUGAUUAUAUUACCGAGUAGACAGACUAAUGCAUACGAAGCGACACGUUUGUGCAUGGAAGAAUUCAGUAUACCGCUAGAAGAUCAACAUUCCUAUUGCUUAUACCAUGUGACUGUUGAAUCCGGGCCAAUUGUGAAACAAAGUCGCUUGUCUAAUGUACUGGAUGAUUUAUCUGGACGUUUAACGUUAAAUUCGAGGUAUUACUUAAAAAGUUUGCAUAAUCAUGAUCCUCUUAUUGCGGAUGAUGUUGCAAAAUCAAUCCUGGUUGAAAGUCGUGUUACGUUUACACAGCUCCCACCAAAUGAAUUAGCUGCUCGCCUAACUAUUGAUGAUUACGAAAUAUUUCGAUCUGUUCAAUCCACUGAAUAUAUUGAUGAAAUAUUUGGACUUAGUAAUGCAUAUGUUAAUAAUAUCUCUUCAUCUGUUAUUGGCAAUAAUGGUAACAGUAGUAAUACUGGAUAUGCAACAGGUCAUGAAAAUUUGGAUCGAUUCACCGAUCUUGUCAACCGUGAAGCGUAUUGGGCUCCUACAGAAAUUUGCAAUGAAACUAACUUGAAUCGACGUGUUGAUUUGUUGAAACGUUUUAUCAAGCUUGCCAAAUUAUGUCGUGAACUGCGUAAUUUUAACACAAUGUUCUGUUUACUAGUUGGGUUACAUCAAACACCUGUUGAACGAUUAAAGCAAACAUGGGAUCGUUUGCCAAAUAAAUACCAGAAGAUCUAUCGAGAUUUGAGUAUGGUAUUGGAUACAUCUAGAAAUUUUCAUCAUUAUCGUACUCUCUUAUCAGCUAAUAAUGUAUCAGCUCCAAUGUUACCCUAUCUACCAUUAGUAUUGAAAGAUUUAACAUUUAUCCAUUUGGGUAAUCCUUCUUGUACUCCAGAUGGAUUAGUAAAUUUUGUCAAAUUACGAAUGCUUGCUAAAGAGGUUCGUUCCAUUUGUCGGAUGUGUAAUGUUGAUUAUGAUUUAUGCACUACUACAUAUCACGGUCGUGCUGCUGGUGGUGUCGGACGUGCACGUGCUGGCGCCAAUUUAAGUGCGCUUAAAGCAGUCGCUUCUGUUUCAUCCAUCAAUCCAAAAUCGUACUUUUCAAAUCUUACAACGAUAAAUAACUUCAGUCAAACAAACCAUAAUAACAAUAAUAAUGCUAGUACAGAUUCUAAUUGGUCAGAACACAAUAUGGUUGAAAGGAAAUUCAGUCAUUCAAAUUCUCUUGACUACAGUGAACAGCAACAACGUGAAAGCACACUUAACUUUGAUACGAAUCAUAUAAAUCCGACUAAUGUUUCAACUGGUUUUAACGUUGGACACAAGCGUCUACAUCAACAUGGAAAUCCUACAACUUCUUCCAGUGAAAGUUUCAAUGUGGAAUUGCCUACAGCUAACUCUUUAAUUGUCCCCGGUGGUGGUAUUCGACGGCGAUCAAACCUCGGUGUAAUUUCUUCAUCAAUUAAUCCAAAAAAGAUUUAUGAAAGUUGGCUAAUGACUUUACGGAUUCGUACUUAUUUUGCUAAUUUAAGAGUUGUCCAAGAUCCGGAAUUGUUGUCCCAAUUAUCCUCACGCAUUGAACCUAGUGGUAAAGAUUCAAAAGCUAUCCAACCCUUUGUUGUAUCUUCAGUAGGCAUUACUGACACUACUACUACUACUACUACUACUACUACUACUACUACUACUAAUAAUAAUAAUAAUAAUAAUAAUAAUAAUAAUAAUAAUAAUCCUACUAAUGAAGGAAAUGAUCCACAGUUAUAUACAUCUAAUCUCCCACCCUCCAACAAUAAUACAAAAUUAAAAGGUAUAAAACUUUCUCCCACAAAAACUUCUGCACAGUCUGUUGUAGUCGAAUUGAAUACAAAGAAAAAGUCUCCGCUUAAAGUUAUCAACAUAUCGACAGAAUCUCCAUCUGUACUACCAGCAACAGUAGCAGCAUCAAUCACAUCUAAUCCAACGGAUAUGUUUACUCGACCAUUACUAGGCGCACAAUCUGUCGAAGAUGCUCGCAAACUAUUAGCCCUGAGUGUAGGUAGUAAACGUUCUUCCCAGAGACGUUUACCAGUGUUCACUUUCCCAAAUCACUUUAAUUACAAUAAUACUCAUAAUGUUGCUCAGUCUUUGUUCAUUACAUCACCAGUUCGCCCAUAUGCUGGUAUUGGGUUUGGACAUUUGAAAUCGCAACAUUACAACAAUUCUAAUGUAUCAUCGUCUAUAGGAUCAUCUUACCAAGUAAAUAAUAAUACUAUUAUGCAAAUGUCAAAUAACAGCACAUCGAAACCAUCAUCUACCACUAAUGCUACUAUUUCCACAUGUUCUAAUCAUUUGCACCAUCAUCAUUAUAGUCAUGCUCAGAUUAUGUAUCCACAACCGACUCGAUGUUAUUCCACUCCUAUCGGUACAUCAGGCAGUAAAAGUCUACUGUUGCAUAAUCUUAUCCCAAUACCAUCUCGUUUAGCUACUAAUAUGAAAGAUAGUGGGAAUAGCAAUUCUACAUCGAAUCAAAUGUAUGCUAUGCUACCAAAUCAAAGAGAUCCUUCUCAUUUGCAUCAGCAGCAGCAUUCUUUAAUCCAUCACCAACAGACAUCAGCAUCUCCACCUGAUAACCGAGGCCAAUCUACUAUGAAACAUCAAUAUUUUAGUCAGGCAACAAAUCAGAAUACAAAUCAUCAAUACCAACAGCAACCAAAUCCACAGUCCCUGUCAAACUCCAUAGGAUCUCGUCUAACAUUGAAUCCUAAUACUGCUGCAUUGCUACAUCCAUCUUGUCGUGGUAUUUCCCUGCAGCAACAGACUUGUCCAUAUCGGUCUACUCAUUUAUCUGGUGAAGGUGCCUAUCCCCCAUAUCAACAACAGGCAACAGUACAAUCAGGUCGUUUUAGAGAACAAUCAUCAUCGCAACAACAUCAGCACUCAGUUUCAUUCAAUUUUGAUGAGAAUUAUUUAUAUCCUACUGUAAAUACACUUCCACUUGGUGGUUCAAUGCUGUCUAUACCUCGCAAUUAUCGGCAGUCUGUCAUACAAAGAAUAAUUCCACAAUACUUAAAUUGCAAGCCAACUCGGCCACCACCCUAUGAAAUAGCUUUGGCUUUAAAAUAUCCUCAAAACGUCAAUUCACAACGAGCACUGAAAAAUGACACGAUUAAUAAACGACAUGAAAAUGAUAACAAUAGUAAUAAUAAUAAUAAUUACCACAUAGCAAGUAAUUUAUCAUCUGGCAUUAAACUUGGAACAGCUCACACACAAGUUCAAAACCCGAAGUCAGAUAAACAAUUGUUUACUGUUAAACAGUUAUCGGAUAAAAAUUCACAAAAUCCCAUAAAUUAUGCCUCAUAUACAACAACAACUGCAACGAUUGUGUCUUCAUGUUCGGAAUUCAGUAACAAUAAUAAUAAUAAUAAUAGUCUGCAAUAUGAACGGAAUAAAUCCUCUACAGUGUGUCAAUCAUUCCAGCAACGUAUGCAAGAACGACCUUCCCCGCCAUCUUAUCAGCAGGUUUUAUCCAUGUCACGACGAGGAAAUAAUCAAGGAUCAUUGAAAAUUAUCUCUGCUCAAUCUCAUCCACGUUCAAAUAUUUAUUCAUCUCAUGGACGCCCACAACCUCCACAACGAACAGUGGCUACAUUAUCUUCUAAUUGUAGUCAUAACAACUAUCGAGCCUCUUCAUGUAGUCCUGGUAUGACUAUAGUUCGUCCAGUCGUAAAUGAUCUCAAUAGUGUUGAACCACCUCACAAACACAUUGGCAGAUCGACCCAGAAGGCAACCUUUCAUUAG